GAGACAGAAUGACACCACGACUGCAGCUCUUCAUCACCCUACUGCUUCACUUUGAAGCAGGAAUCAGUGAUGGAAUCGUUCUCCAUCACAGAGCUGGAGAUGAUGUCGUUUUACCGCCUGACUUUGAUUCACAUUACCCAUGUUCUGAUGUUGACUGGAUUCUUUACAAUCCAUAUAUAAAUUUCAUCGUUCGUCAAGGAAAUAUUGUGAAGACGUCACCUGGAGCUGAAAGGAUGAGUUUGAGCAGUAACUGCUCUCUGAUCAUCAACAACAUCACUGCUGAAGAUGCUGGUCUUUACAACUGUAGGAUUAGAAAAACUCUUAGUCCCACAUCUGUGUAUCUGAAUGUUUUAACAGUCUCUCCAUAUCAACCACAUGGGGAUCCAGGAAGGGAUGGAGAUGUGACAUUACGCUGUUCUCUGAAGAAAUACCUUUAUGGCUGUGAGAAGAACAGCAUAAUCUGGGUGGAUGAGACAGGAACUGUGCUGCUUGGUGAAGGUGAUGGGUUUGUGUCUGGAGGACAGAACAACUGUGUUUCUGAUCUGAUGGUGAAACAUCAGAGAUGCUCCAAGAGAAGAUUCACCUGCCAGGUUGUUGAAGGAGACAGAGUGAAGAUAGAUGCUGAAUACACGCUGGACUUUACAGAUUCCAGUCUGAUCAAUACCAGAUUGAUUAUUGAAUGGGUGUUCGGGGGGCUGAUGGUGGUUCUGGUCAUCAUCGCUACGUUUCUCAUCAUUUACAGGAUGAAAGUUAAAAUGAACAAUCCCAAAAAUCAAACAGGUGUUCAGUUACCAAUGCAGCAGUAUGGGAACAGGGAUGAAGCUGAUGGUGAGGUGGUGAACUAUGAAGACGAUGAAGACCUGCCUGCUUCUGUCCGAUCCACAGAUCAAUACAUGAGCUGCAAACCUCUAGUUAGUGUUCAUUAAACCCUAACAAAACUAUUAUAACACUCAUUCUAGAUAGAGUUAGUAAACCUCCAUGUAAGCGCCAUGUAUAGCUUAUAGUUUAACUCUUUUAUUGCAUAAUAUGCCUUGUUGUUUACACAGAAGGAAUAUAUUUCAGUUUAAGGGAGUAUGAGGCUCCUUUUAAGAAAUGAGACUCUCUAGCGCCACCCUUCGCCACGACGGCCGUUGGAGGUACUGCAGCCAACAGUGAAGCCGGCACGGGAGAACGGGGAGAACGCGCAUGCAGCGUCAUUUGACGUCACAUAUGCAGGACAGCGCGGGAAAUUCGGGCCCGAAUUGCAGCACAUUUUGCAGCACACAGCCUGUUCAAGGCAACGGAGAGAUACACUAGAGGAAACAUUCUUUUUGGUUUGGAACGCUUCAUCUGACAUUAUUACUAGAAAACUUAAAACGUAUGCAAAUUUUUUCAUAAAUCCUGCCUCAAUCCUGCCUCAUGCUCCUUUAAGUUUUGAGAGUUAUUAUUUUAUACUUUAGUGAUUAAUACCUCAAUUUCACUACUGAGAUUUGUUUUGCCUUAACGGUUUCUGUAGUUUGGGCCAGUGGGACUUCCCUAGUGGGAGGAAGUGCGGGACUGUGUUUUUUGUGAGUUGAUUGAAUAAACGAGUGACG